AUGGCGCUUCCAAAGGCUCGGAAUGCCCGAGAUCCUGAGCUACUAGCCCUCUUACCACAAAGUUUGAUAACAUUUUAUCUAUCGCCCCGCAUUGCCCCUCACACGAUAACAAGCAGAUCUAGAGCACAGUAUUUACCAUUUCACCCUUUGGGUGUUUGUGGAAUCCUGGGGUCUGUCUACGUACCGAAUUCCCCGACGGCCUUUCCCUGGGCUAAGAAGCAACGACCAAAACGGGUAGAGUCUCCCACCAAACUGGGAAAGAAUGGAAACAAAGAAGCAAACCAAAAAUUGGCUUGGGAUAUAUCACAUUUCCCCACCUUAUUUACCCAUGGCAGCAGAGCACCGAUAGACCGCGUACUGCCUCUUCUCGUGAAGAGCCAGCCAACAGGCGGGAUCACCGUCAUUCCGUAUACGCACUAA